AUGUCUUUAUUGAUCAUAACACACUCUCUAUCUUCGACGGCCUUCUUUCUUUCUCCUUCAUUCUUCCAUAUUUUCUUUCUUUAUCCUUCAUUCUCCGACGAUCUUUUAUCUUUCCUUUUCAUUCUUCGAUUGCUUUCUUUAUUUCUCUUUCAUUCUUCCAUAGUUUUCUUUCUUUAUCCUUCAUUCUCCGACGAUCUUUUAUCUUUCCUUUUCAUUCUUCGAUUGCUUUCUUUAUUUCUCCUUCAUUCUUCCAUAGUUUUCUUUCUUUAUCCUUCAUUCUCCGACGAUCUUUUAUCUUUCCUUUUCAUUCUUCGAUUGCUUUCUUUAUUUCUCCUUCAUUCUUCCAUAGUUUUCUUUUCUUUAUCCUUCAUUCUCCGACGAUCUUUUAUCUUUCCUUUUCAUUCUUCGAUUGCUUUCUUUUUUUCUCCUUCAUUCUUCCAUAGUUUUCUUUCUUUAUCCUUCAUUCUCCGACGAUCUUUUAUCUUUCCUUUUCAUUCUUCGAUUGCUUUCUUUAUUUCUCUUUCAUUCUUCCAUAGUUUUCUUUCUUUAUCCUUCAUUCUCCGACGAUCUUUUAUCUUUCCUUUUCAUUCUUCGAUUGCUUUCUUUAUUUCUCCUUCAUUCUUCCAUAUUUUCUUUCUUUAUCCUUCAUUCUCCGACGAUCUUUUUAUCUUUCCUUUUCAUUCUUCGAUUGCUUUCUUUAUUUCUCCUUCAUUCUUCCAUAGUUUUCUUUUUUAUCCUUCAUUCUCCGACGAUCUUUUAUCUUUCCUUUUCAUUCUUCGAUUGCUUUCUUUUAUUUCUCCUUCAUUCUUCCAUAGUUUUUCUUUCUUUAUCCUUCAUUCUCCGACGAUCUUUUAUCUUUCCUUUUCAUUCUUCGAUUGCUUUCUUUUAUUUCUCCUUCAUUCUUCCAUAGUUUUCUUUCUUUAUCCUUCAUUCUCCGACGAUCUUUUAUCUUUCCUUUUCAUUCUUCGAUUGCUUUCUUUAUUUCUCCUUCAUUCUUCCAUAGUUUUCUUUCUUUAUCCUUCAUUCUCCGACGAUCUUUUAUAUCUUUCCUUUUCAUUCUUCGAUUGCUUUCUUUUAUUUCUCCUUCAUUCUUCCAUAGUUUUCUUUCUUUAUCCUUCAUUCUCCGACGAUCUUUUUAUCUUUCCUUUUCAUUCUUCGAUUGCUUUCUUUAUUUCUCCUUCAUUCUUCCAUAGUUUUUUUCUUUAUCCUUCAUUCUCCGACGAUCUUUUAUCUUUCCUUUUCAUUCUUCGAUUGCUUUCUUUUAUUUCUCCUUCAUUCUUCCAUAGUUUUCUUUCUUUAUCCUUCAUUCUCCGACGAUCUUUUAUCUUUCCUUUUCAUUCUUCGAUUGCUUUCUUUAUUUCUCCUUCAUUCUUCCAUAUUUUCUUUCUUUAUCCUUCAUUCUCCGACGAUCUUUUAUCUUUCCUUUUCAUUCUUCGAUUGCUUUCUUUAUUUCUCCUUCAUUCUUCCAUAGUUUUCUUUCUUUAUCCUUCAUUCUCCGACGAUCUUUUAUCUUUCCUUUUCAUUCUUCGAUUGCUUUCUUUAUUUCUCCUUCAUUCUUCCACCGCUUCUUCCUUUCUCUUCUUUCUUUCUUGCUCCUUCAUUUUGCAGCCAACUUUUUCUAUCUCCUUCAUUCUUUUUAAAACUUCUUUCUUUCUCAGUCAUUCUUCAACGGCUCUCUUUCUUCCUCGUUCUAUCUUCGUCGACAUUGUUUCUUUUCCAUUCUUCGGCUUUUUUUCCUUCUCAGUCAAUUUUCAACGAUUUUAUUUCUUUUUCUUUCAUUCAUCGACUGCCUUCUUUCUUUCUCUUUCAUCUUUCGAAAAUCUUACUUUUUCUUUCCUUUUUCGACAGCCAUUUUUUCUUUCUCUUUCAUUCUUCGAUGGUCUCCUUUUUUUUUCUUCUCCAUUCCUUGAAGCUCCUAUCACCUACCAGGCGGUGGAUUCUGUUAGUUGUCUUUUUUUUCUUCUUUUUUUCACGGUUUCUUUAUCGUCGACGUCUUGA